CGAUGAACAAACGUGCCGAUCUGGUGAGGCCUCGCCGUUUUCUCAUCGAUUGCUAGAGAAACUAUCGAAACUUCUACGGCGCGUUGAUGUUCCUGAGGAAAUUUUCUUUGCAAAAAUAUGCCGGAACAAUCCCGCUGAUACCGCUUACUGUAUAUAACGGGCGUAGUGUAUGCCGCAAAGUGAUCGAAAAAAAUUGGCUUAAGGUGUUUUGAGGCGUAAAUCCGGCUGCAAUUGGCACAAAUCACAAAUCAAAACUGCCACACAAAUGAAAUUCGGGAUCUCGGUAGUGUGCGAAAGAGACAGUAAAAGUGGUGGAAUAGAUAAAUUGGAGCAGUUGUGUUGCUGAAGAAAUCCUGUUCCUCUGUUGUUUUCCACGCAGACGGCGGCCGCAAAACCGGAAAAAAACUAUUUGUGAUAGAAGAAAAAAACAUUAGAAUCCCAAUUUCUUGCGAACUUGCAUGUAAAUAGCUACUAGAAUGGAACAGCCAACGACGGAAGCGGUUCUCCAGGGGGUUUACACUUUGUACAACAACCCGAACAAACAGGAGAAGGAGAAAGCCUCGAAGUGGCUUGAAGAGUUUCAGAAGUCGAUUCAUUCCUGGGAAAUAGCAGAUCAAUUGCUGCAGCAGAAACAUGAUCUCAAUUCAUGUACAUUCGCAGCGCAAACGAUGAGAAACAAAAUUCAGAACAGUUUUCAUGAGUUACCCGAAGAGGCCCACGAAUCGCUGCGGCAAAGUUUGAUGGAACAUCUCAGUCACAUAACGCUUGAAACGAAGCCUGUGAUAGUGACUCAGCUGUCACUUGCGUUGGCCGAUUUGGCUCUGCUAAUGUCUACCUGGCGUAAACCGGUAGUUACGCUGUUGGAGCGUUUCUCCAGCAACCCAAAUAUGAUGUACGCAGUGAUCGAGCUGUUGACGUUAAUACCGGAGGAGAUUAACUCGCGCUAUCUGCGACUCGGUGCCAACCGACGGAAAGACGUUCUGACCGAGUUGGAAAACGAUUCGAAUCUGGUUGGUGAUUAUUUGCUGAUGUGUUUGAUGAAUUGCAACGAGAAUGAGCUGCUACAGACAAAGAUUCUCAAGUGUUUCACAUCUUGGGUGCAUAUAAACGCUUUUAAGUUGUCUCAGAUAGGGGACAACAUGAUUGUGGCGUAUUGUUUCCAACUGUUGAACAAUGUGAACACGAAACCGGAACUGCACGACGCUGCUACCGAUUGUCUGUGUGCGUUGCUGCAGUGUCUGGAAGUGAACAAUAACGGGGACGGGUUGGAUGUGAAGCUAUUCAACGGUAUACUCACCCUGCAGGAGGCAUACAACAUGUCGGUCGCACAGGAAGAUUUGGACAAAUCGAUGAACUUUUGUCGAUUGUUUACGGUGCAGGUUGAAAGUAAUCUCACCAAGCUGGUCGCUGGGUCGGAAGCCUCGACGCCACAUUACUCGAUAAAGGGACUGGAACUGGUCCUCAACUGCGUGGGUCACUAUGACUUCGAGGUGGCCGAGAUCACGUUCAAUAUGUGGUACCGGCUGAGUGAGGAUUUGUACCAACGGAAUAACGAAACACUGGCGGCACAUUUCAAACCGUACGUGGAGCGGCUAAUUGCCGCUCUGUACAAGCAUUGUCAGAUGGAGGCGGAUCAUGAAGGAUUGAUUGAGGAGGGAGAUGGUUUUAAGGAUUUCCGCUUCAAAGUCUCGGAGAUCAUUAAGGAUGUCAUCUUCAUCGUCAGCUCGAUCAGUUGCUUCAAGCAGAUGUUCCUCAUUCUGCAAUCGCCCAACGUGACGUGGGAAUCCAGCGAAGCAGCGCUUUUCAUAAUGGAAAAUGUGGCGCGGAAUAUUCUUCCAGAAAUAAUGCAAUUGGGAGAACGAGACAUACCAGCGUCCAGAUUCAACCAGCUCUGCGAGGAGAGCGAAGUCGUCCCGAAGGUGGUGGAAGCGAUUCUGAAUCUUCCGGACAACUGUCACAUCGCAAUACGCUACACGUCGAUCAACAUAUUGGGGGAGCUGUGCGAUUGGAUUGAUUCCAAUCCGGAAACGUUGGAACCGAUCCUGAACUUUCUGCUCUGUGCACUGCAGCAGAAGAAUGGACUGGCAACGGCCGCGGCGAACGCACUGCAAUCGAUCUGUUCGGCAUGCAAGAAACACAUGCUCGGCCACAUCAACGGACUGAUGGAAAUCGCUCGGUGUUUGGAUGGGUUCGAAAUUCAAACCGAAUCUGCGAUCGGGCUGCUCAAGGGGAUAUCUAUUAUCAUUGGUCGACUGCCGGCCGAACAACUUACGCCCGCGAUGCAAGAACUGUGCGGCUUUCAGGUGCAAGCCCUCAAUCAACUGGUCAGCGGAGAAGAUGAUGGACUUGGCAUUAAAAAGGAUCGCCAUGAUCCCAUUUUCUGGGUCGAUCGGCUAGCUUCAAUCUAUCGACACGUUAAUCCAACGGUGGCCGCGAAUGAGGUGAACCCUUGUGUGUUUGUUAUAGUCAGCAAUUGGAACGUACUUUCCCGGGCAAUGGAAUGCUACAAAAAUGAUUCCAAAAUAAUGGAACGAAUUGUGCGCUGCAUUCGGUACGCUAUUCGAUGCAUAGGCAAGCAAGCGAUACCCAUAUUGGAACCACUGGUGAAGCAAAUCAUCACCAUCUACUCGGGACACAAUCACAGCUGUUUGCUAUAUCUGGGAAGCAUUUUGGUAGAUGAAUUCGCAUGCGAAACCAGCUGCGUCCAAGGGCUGUUGAAUAUGCUGCAAGCCUUCAUCGAACCUACCUUUCACGUCUUGCAAGUGGAGAACGGCUUGAAGAAUCACCCCGACAUGGUGGAUGAUUUCUUCCGGCUGGUGGCUCGCUUCAUUCAACGAUCCCCGUUCCAACUUCUGCAGAGCCUGCUCGUGACACCGAUCAUCCAAUGUGGUCUACUUGCAUGUACCCUGGAUCACAGGGAUGCGAAUCUGUCCGUAAUGCGUUUCUUCUGCAGUCUACUCAGCUACGGUCGACAUGAUCGCGCCAACGAUUUGAGGGCGAUCGUUCAUAGCAUUUUGCUUCAGCAUGGUGAAGCGCUGAUAAUGAAUCUGCUGUACGCAUCGGUGUUCUGUCUGCAUUCGUACAUGCUCUCGGAUGUGGCGGAUGUGUUCAUCGAGAUCAAACAGCUCAACCCGCAGCAAUUGGAAGGCUAUGUGCAGAAAGCCGUCGACGCGCUGCCGAAGAAGAACAGCGGUGGAUGUAUGACUGUUACCAACGAGCAGAUGAUCGAAUUUGUCGAAAGUAUUGUCAAAUCCGAGACGCCGAGGGCCGUAACGCAAACCCUGCAGGAAUUCGCACGGUUAUACCGAUAAACCACGAGAGCCAUAAUUUUCCAUUAUUUUGUGUGUGAGAUAGAACGUGAGUUUGCGAGUUCAACGAAACAAAAAAAAAGUUAUUCGAUUAUGUACAUAUGUUAGUGUAAUACAAUUGGAAUUUGUAUUUCUUCCUAAAGUAGGAUACAUUAUCUUAGUAAAAAACAAGAAUAAGUGGAUUAUGUAUGUUGAGAAAGGGUGAAAAUGCAACACACGAAAUGGACGGAAUUUUAGAAAGGAAGAUUCCGAAUCAGAUUGAUUAUAGUAAUCGACUAAAGAAUGUAGAGUGAACAACAUUAAAUAAAACUUGAAAUGACGA